CCAGAGAUCCAGAGAUCCAGCACGCACCCCCAACAUGGAGGAACGUCUGACUUCUAAUCAGCCGUCCCAACCCCAGCAUCAUCAGGAACGCGGGCCGAAGCAAGGCGAGCCACCGCGCCAGGUCGCCGGAGCCGAAGGAGAUUGGUGUGGGCAGAGCACGAUGGAAGCGGCCAAGAAGCUCAGCGCCGGAGCGGCGGGGAAGAGGAGGCACGGGUCCACGGCGCUGUUCGUGGCGGUGGACUACGCCUUCCUGCUCGCCUUCGCCGGCUUCCUCGCCUACCUCGUCGGGUCCCGGAUCCUCCCCUCCGUCGCCUCCUCCUCCUAGAUCGGCUCCCGCCCUCCGCGGAUCUCUUCUUUCUCUGCCGCCCCCUGUAUUUCGUUUGGAUCCGAUGUGAGACCGAUCCCCGGAUCUUCCCCCCGGGAGGUGGAUCUUGUCUCGUUGUGAUGCAUGACGCUCCUGCGGUGUAAUCGAAUCUCCCAUUUUGAUUAGAAGAGAACUAGAGAUGUUUCUUGGCAACUGGGAUGGUAAUGUGAGAAAUCUUUGCUUGUUCAAUUGCUGUAUCUGUUCGUGUGCUGAGAUUGCUUAGGAUUGGAUCCGGCUUCUGUGUUCC